GAGCUCCUGUGGCUGCAGGCUGAAGCUGGAGAGAAAAAUGCUGGAGAAGAUUCAGAAGGCACUCACAAUUCGUAGCGGCACCAUCAGGGAGCUGCUGGCAGAAGCGCUGGGGAUGUUCAUCCUUAUGGUCUUUGGAUUGUCUUCUGUGGCACAAGUGGUUUUAGGAAGAGGAGACUUUGGGCAGCAUCUGAGCAUCAAUUUGGGAUUUGGCAUUGGUGUUACCUUGGGCAUCCAUGCGGCUGGAGGAAUCUCUGGAGCUCAUCUGAAUGCUGCCAUCACCCUCACACACUGCAUUUUAGGAAACCUCUCCUGGAGAAAGCUCCCAGCUUACCUGAUUGGCCAGUUCCUGGGCUCCUUUAUGGCAGCAGCUACCGUCUUUGGCCUUUACUAUGAUGCUCUAUAUGACUACACCAAGGGGAACUUUACAGUGACAGGACCAACUGCCACAGCGUCGAUCUUCUCCACUUAUCCCGCUCCAUAUGUAUCCUUCGUGGGGGGCUUCUUCACAGAGUUUAUGGCGACGGUGAUGCUGCUCCUGGGCAUUCUGAUCAUCCACGAUGAGAAAAACAAUGAAGCCCUGAAAGGCACACAGGCCCUGCUCACUGGUAUCCUGGUCCUGGGCAUCGGCCUGGGGAUGGGGCUGAACACAGGCUAUGCCAUAAACCCCUCCCGGGACCUACCCCCCAGAGUCUUCACAGCAAUUGCUGGCUGGGGAAUGGACGUCUUUAAGGCUGGAGACCACUGGUGGUGGGUCCCACUCACAGCUCCGACUCUGGGAAGUCUUGCUGGUGUUUUAAUCCACAAACUCUUCAUUGAUUUUCACAACCAACCUGUCCUGGAAAGUGGAAAUGAGAAAGGACAGCCAGUUGUGGAGACUUCUACGCUGUGA